AUGAAAAUCAUUUUCCCAACGACAAAUGUGACAACUCGUACGUUCAGUUAUGUUGCGUUUACGUUGAAAUAUUUGAAAAGAAUUGUAAUUUCAUUUGAUAUGGAAAGAUUGACUGGUGAUAAUUCGAUGGAAAGCGUGAUGUUCGAAAAUUUAUUCACCGAUUAUGACAAUACCAUUAGCACUGCUAAUUAUUCAAGAUAA